GAUGACUCUUAACCGAUAUUCAGUGAGAUGAGUUACGUUCAGCAUACAACAGUUCUGAAUUGGGUAGGGUUCAGUCAGGGGGUUGUUGGAAGGAUUAGACUCAGAUGCAAGGGCAUCCAGCCUAAAGGGUUGGAGACGCAGUUACAACGGUACCCGGCCUCAGGGGAGAGAGACGCAGCUGCAAGGGCAUCCGGCCUCAGAAAUCGACGCAGAUACAACGGUAUCCGGCCUAAAGGGUUAGAGACGCAGAUACAACGGUACCCGGCCUCAAGGGUGAGAGACGCAGCUGCAAGGGCAUCCGGCCUCAGAAAUCGACGCAGAUACAAGGGUAUCCGGCCUGCAGGAUACUAGGAAGGGCAAA